UGUGUAAAAAAACCAACUUCCAAUAGCAUACUAGCCCAAUUUACGUCGGUCAAAAUCUAGUAGACAUGCCGAUCUAUUCAUCCGAUUCCGACAAUAACCAACCAUCACGUUCGGUGACAUUUUCUGGUCGUCGGAGGCCUUUGCACAAAACUCUGGGAGGUGGGAAAGUUGCUGAUGUGCUGCUAUGGAAGAACAAAAGGGUAUCGGGAGGAUUGUUGAUGGGGGCAACGGUGAUAUGGUUCCUAUUCGAAGUGGCAGAGUACCAUGUCGUCACCCUUCUGUGUCACAUCAUUCUGGCUGCGAUGUCAUUCGUCUUCAUUUGGUCCAACCUGGCCCCUCUUGUCCAAAGAGACCCUCCCACAGUGUAUAUAUUCCAACUGUCGGACUCCACAUGUAAGUACGUGUUUGCGGAAAUCAACAGAUUCCUAUUGAAAGUAUACGACAUCUCGUGCGGGAAAGAUCGGAAGCUGUUCUUUGCGGCAAUAGGUUCCUUGUGGAUUUUAUCGGUUGUUGGAAAUUAUGUGAACUCCCUCAAUCUUCUAUAUUUCGCUUUCAUCUGCGUGGAAACUUUGCCUGCAUUGUACGAGAGGUACGAGAGGGAGGUUGAUUACAUCGCUGGUAAAGGCAGGCAAGAUGCGAAGAAGAUGUACCAUAAAUUCGAGGCUGAAGUUCUUAACAUGAUCCCAAGGGGACCCAUCAAGGAAAAGAAAUUCAAAUGAAUUUAACCAGGAGAGCAAUUGUAAAUGAGAGAAUCAUCACGUUAUGUACGGAUUAACGCUAUUCCAAUAGGCUUAGCCGGUACAAAUUUGGCAAGAGUGUAUGUAUAUCUGCAAGUUACCAUUAUUUAUGAACAUAUAGAUCUUAUUAAUGAUAAAAAUGGACUUUCGAUUUGGUUGUU